GUUUUCCUCCAUACUCGUUGGGGUGGGGGAGGUGUUUCCGACUGGAUUACACCCACAGAGCAGCAGACAGAGGGGACACGGAACUGCACUGAACUGUAAAGCUGACAAUACAAUACCGGAGAGAAGCAAGAUUUGCCUGAGUGCUGUUCAACGAUAAGAGAAGAUGGGGAGAGUUCUUCUUCUUCUUUUUCUCCUUUUUGUUCCGUGUGUAAGUGGUACACUUCAAGAAAAUGUAAAGAGGAGAACAAAAGAGCAAGACACCAGGUCUGAGGUUAACGUUCCUCUGCCCAGAACAUUUAUAGGGAUCGUCAAAAUCAUCAAGUUGCAAAAUGAGACUCAAGUUUCCGCUACAUCUCAUUCCCCUCCAGCGCUGCAGUCACUAAGCAACAGCACAGCGGGGUACCUCGGCGGCCCUCUCAGCACCCGGGUUAUCCCCAUUAUUUAUAUAUUGGUGGUUAUUGUCGGGAUCCCGGCGAACGUUGCCAUCUUGUGCGCGCUGGCCUCCAAAAUUAGGAAGGUGUCCUCUGCCAUCCUGUACUGCAGCCUGGCUGUCUCCGACCUCUUCCUCCUCCUCUCCCUCCUCUUCAAGGCUCACUACCAUCUCCAAGGAAACCACUGGGCUCUCGGGGAGGCCGCCUGUCGAGUGGUCACGGCCUGUUUCUAUGGCAACCUCUACUGCUCGGCCCAGACACUGGCCUGCAUCAGCAUCAAGCGCUACCUGGCUGUAGUGCACCCGUUCAUGUACAAAACGCUCCCCAAGAGGAUGUGCACUAGCUGGGUCACGCUGGCCGUCUGGGUGGUCUUUGGAGCCGCCGUUGUCCCCGAGCUCCUCAUCCGGCAGAGCUAUCGGCUCCCUGAGCUGGGCCGCAUUGCCUGCCAUGACGUGCUGCCUCUGGACAGUGACUCCCAUAUCUUCCUGCUCUACUACAACCUGAUCCUGACCGUCUUUGGCCUCCUGGCGCCGCUGGUGGUGGCUGUUGUGUGCUACGCCCGAAUCGUCUACAAGCUCAACCAAUCGCACCAAGACUGGGCGAUGUACAUCAAGGUCAUCUCACUUGUGUUCGCCAUCUUCCUGGUGUGUUUCGUGCCCGCCGGAGUCCUGCACUUCCUCCAUUAUGUGCAACUGUUUGUGGAUGGGACAGAGAGCUUGUACGUGUACUUCAACGUGGCGGUGUGUCUGUGCUGCCUCCAUGCCUGUCUGGACCCCUUCCUCUUUCUCUUAAUGUCCAAGUCCGCACGCUCCGGGCGAUACCUCAGGACCUUUAAAGGCAAGACCGUGAGUAUAUCUGUCUAAGAGAGACCUACUGUACAUGUUACCAAAAACUGCAUUUAUGUCGUAGUAAACCGGGGACUGACUCUUGUUACAUCAGUGUUCCUGCAGACAGAAUUCUUAUUGUUUUUAAUUUAGCAAUAUAGUUUUUUCUGUGUGAGUAUGUGUGUGACAGAGACAGAAGAGGGGAUUGAGCAGACAGUUGGUUAAUAGUUAAUAUACUAUACAUGAAAGACAUAAUAUAUUCAUUUUUAAAUAAUGCAUGAUAGUUAAUUUUUUUGUUUUUUUGUUUAUGGUUUUACAACAAAAGUUUGUUCUUUUUUUCAUUCUUGAGAAAUCAGAGCAAAAAUAACACAAAGUUCUCUUGUAGGGGGUUUUUAUGCUUGAAAUCUAUAGCUGAUGAUGAAUAAUGUCAAACAGGCUGAGAAAAUGAUUCUCCCGAGUCUCAGUUUAUUCCUGUAAUCAUAUAUGAAGUUAUUAUUUCUGUUCAUUAAAAUGUAAACUUGACCAUCUCUAAGAUAUUCCGUAUCUUUGUAUUAUUUACUUGGAUGUUUUGCAUUGUCUUCGAUAUGGCUGAAGCCAAACCCAUUUGUAUCCGUGUUCCUACGUGUACAGUUUCUUUGAUAUAGAGUCGUUUAGUUGCAGUAUAGUCUAAGCAUCAACCUCCCUGCAACUACACCUCCAGCACGUUUCCUGCUCGACAUGUGACAGGAUUUAAAGGUGACGCACCGCCCCCGAACCCCAGACUUACCACACGCCGAGCAGCUACAUUCGGAGCGUGCAACACAGGAAGUGGGAAGGGCCUCCCUACGCUCUCAAAACCCCCUCAGUUCUUGUUGGAAACCUUCCUUUGAGAUUUCGGCCCAUGUUGACAUGAUUCCGUCCCAUCAUUCCUGUACAUCUGCCAGCUGCACAUCCAUGCCGCCGACAUUCAUGGUCCCCAGAUGUUGAAUCCCACGGAUUUGGCGAUGCCCCGACCUUUUCUCUAGCACCGCCAUGAGGUUCACGUUUGCAGUGCUGGAUGAAAUGUCUCUACAACGGCUGGACGGAGUUUUUUGCAGGAUUCAUUGUAAGAACUCUGGCGAUCCCCUGACUUUUCACCAAGUCAAAACUUGAGGUUGACGGCAGCAUUCAGCACAGCCUCACAGAUCUGAGUGCGUGUCUGUGGACUCGUAGCCAACUGAGUAAAGAUUAGACCAGUUCCGUUGUUCUGAGUUGCUUUAACCGUCUAUCCGCUCAUGGUUUGGAGGACUUUCACGGCUGUGUGCGACUUGAAUACUUACCGCUUAAUUUUCAUGAGAGAGAGGAGAAGAAGCUUUGGUGCCAGACACUCUCUGUGUCUGUCUGUCUCUCACAUUUUGGAUUUCCUCCUGUUGGUUAAAUGUCUGGGUGUAUUUAACGCGUCGCUCUCCAGACGCUGAUGUCACGCAGUAAUGGACGUCUUCGCUUGAACUCUAAAGCUGCGGUGUUAA